AAAACCUUUACCUUUUGUCUCUCUGACUCUCAGACCGUCUUUUUUAAUCUAAACUGUUACAGUUCAUCUUCACUGCAGUUUGCUAUAUAUGGAUUCUUAAGGCAAAUCUAAUAUCAUUGCAGGUGGUCUCCUCUUUGCAGUUAAUGGAAUGCCUUAUCCUGGACAGACAGAAUCAGUGCAAGGAUUUGUGAUGAACUUCUCUACUGGAGAAAUAAUGGAUACUUUCAUUCCACUUAGAAAGAGCUUUGAGAUGCCACAUGAUAUUGUUGCUUCAGAAGACAGAACAAUAUUUGUUGGAGAUGUUCAUGCCAGAACAGUGUGGAAGUUUGCAUCUGCAGAAAAAAUGGAACAUCGGUCAGUUAAAAAGGCUGGUAUUGAGGUACAGGAAACAAAAGAAUCAGGAACAAUUAUAGAAGCCAGAUUGAGAAACAAGCCAGAAUCUACCGGCCCUCUAAAGAAUACGGAUAAACACCACUUGGUCCAACAGGCCAGCAGCACUGGAAUUUCCUUGGUUCUUAUUACAACUCUUCUUAUUAUCCCUGUUGUUGUCCUGCUGGCAAUUUUAGUAUUUAUUCGGUGGAGGAAGACAACUGUCUAUGGAGGGAAAGGUGGUGGUGGUGGAAUUAACCUUGGAAACUUCUUUGCAAGUCACAAAGGUUACAGCCGAAAAGGGUUUGACCGGCUGAGCACUGAAGGAAGUGAUCAAGAAAAAGAUGAAGAUGAUGGCACAGAUUCUGAGGAAGAGUGUUCAGCAUCUCCACUCCCACCAGCACCUUCGUCAUCCUGAAAACAGCUUUUGAGUUCUCCACUAUAAGGUUCAACCCAGAAUGUCAGAUUCCUUUUCCCCUAAGCACGUUUAAGAUUUUGUGUAUUUAAUUGUAAGCUGUUCUAGUCUGUGUGGGGCUCUACACUGGUUCCUUUAAUAUUUGUUUGGUUUUAGUUAGUUUUUUAAGUGGAGGAGUGUAUGGAAAUUCCAUAUCAGUGCCGUUGGUUUUUAUGUCAACAUCUUAAUAAAGCAAAGUCUUCUAAUUGCAGGACUGAUUUAAAGCAGUAGUAUUUUAUCAUCAAAUAUGGGGAUCUUGUAAAUAAGUCUUACUAUCUGCUUCAUCAAAAUAUUUUUCCAUAAUUAUUUAGUUGCCAAUUUCUGUUUUGUGCCUUUCCUCUUCAAUGUCUUUUACCUGUUGCAGUACAGAGAAUAUACAGUGCCAGAAGAAAAUGAAGCUGCUAAGUCUUCUUCUAUUUUUUUAAAUCACUAACAUUAUAUUGCAUUGAAGUAAAGAAAAACGUCUCUAUUUAAUUUUUUUCUUCUUUCUAACUUGAUGUGUUUCUGGAAUGUCUUAUUUUUAGAUUGUAUCUCUGUUAGAACACUAUUUUCAGAAGCUGAAUGUAAUUUGUGUAAUAAAGUAUCCACAGAGCAUUGGCUGUCAGAGUGUACUUUGGAAUUUUUGCUUGCAUUUUUUUUUGGAUACUUUUGUAAAAGUUACACAGGCCAAUUAAUAUAGUAAAAAUUUUAAUGUGUUCUACCAGAAGGAAAAAAAAUGCUAUUUUGUGUGGAAUACAAAUAAUGGAAAUAGCAAAUGGAAACAUAUUUUGCUAUGUUACAAGGUGGAUUGGUUUUGUUUUUUUAAGACUAAUAAUCUGCAUACAUGUACGAAGUUAAGGUUGACUUUUUAUGUUUAAGGUCAAUCUUAAACAUUUAAGGAGGAAUUUUACUUGUAUAAUAAAACUGAAAGGUAUUUCUGUAAUAAAACAGAUGGUCACAGCUAAGAGGAAACCUGUGUCUCAAAUUAAAUAUGUUAUUUAGUCAGGGUGGACUUCUAGUGCUACCUGAUUGGAAGUACUGAUUUUCUUUUUUUCUUCACACUUUUUUCUUCACACAGCAGGAACCCUCAGUCUUGUAAUGAGUGCUCUCAUUGAACAGCAGACUUAGAGAAGUCCUGCUGGAUAAUUAUCCUUUCUGUAUGAGUCAUCUGGAAUGUGAAUCAUUGUGUAAUAUCAUCAUGACUAAUCAGUCCAGUUUGAUGAUCAGAGCAUAAAURAUGUCCUUCUAAAACCGCUAUUAUGAGCGGAGUAUACACAGAUGUAAUUGCUGCAGGGUUUUAUGAAACAGUAUUCAUUAUCAUCAUUGCAAGUGUUGUAAUAGGCUACUGGUGGCAUUGAGGUUGGAAAAUAGACUUUAGGCUCUUUGUGGUGGUUUUGUAAGAUGGUUUAUGGGGGAAUAAGGGUAAUGAUAGUGCAGCAAAAAGUAAGUUUUCUCCCCCCAGCAAGAUUUUAUAAAUAUCCUUUUUCUGGGAAAAAAAAAAAAAAACAAAAAAAACCCACAAAAUCAAAAUUCCUGACAAGCUGGUUUCUU